UCUUUUGGACAGAGCAGUUUGCCAGUCGAACAGCAGGUGAGCGGAGUUGCUUUCUACUAUAGCAACAGUGCGUGUAACAUCUGCUACGACAUUGAUCGUCGGUUGUCGCGCGUUGGUUUUUCGAGCAUCGCAAGAUGACAUCACCGCCAGACGAAACUGAAGCGAAAGCUUAUACCUUCCUGAAACCGCAUUUCUCCCCAAGUACUCUUGCACCUCCUGGUCGGCCUUUUGUGACCUUGACAUACGCGCAAUCGCUGGACGGCUUUAUUGCCGCACCGGGUCGAAAGCCUCUCCUUCUCUCCUCUCCCUCUGCAAUGGUGCUCACUCAUGCCCUCCGCGCGACCCAUGACGCCAUUCUCGUUGGCGUAGAUACUGUCAUAUCUGACAACCCGUCGCUGACCACUCGGUUUGUGGCCAAGGGCCCUGGCGGGACGAAAGCCACCAGCCCGCGUCCGGUUAUUUUGGAUUCGAAAUUGCGUAGCCCACUUGACGCGAAACUGUUUAGCUCAACUAGAGAAGAUGCGAAGAAGCCUAUUGUUGUUACUACAGACAUGUCCAAUGUUGCGAGAAAGACAGCGUUGGAAGCGUUAGGUGUCCGCGUCCUGGUUGUUCCGUCAGACCCAAACACCGGCCGUGUUAGUGUUCCUGCAGCACUGGAUGCGCUCCAUAAAGAGGGUGUAAAGAGUGUGAUGGUCGAAGGUGGUGCGACUGUCAUAAAAUCUCUUCUGACCCGGUCCCAACAAGCCAUCGAUUUGGUGGUGGUGACUGUUGCACCUGUUUGGGUUGGAACUGGGGUACAUGUGAUUAGAGGAGAUACUUCAUUUGAAGGCAGUCCCAAUGCUGAGAUGACUACAUUACCGAAAUUGACCAAUGUGCGAUAUGAACAGUUUGGAGUGGAUAUGGUCCUGGCUGGCGUGAUUGAGCAAACAGUUGUUUGAUGGGCACAACACAUUUUUAAGAAUGAGAUAAAGCAUAGGUUCAAGAGUCCCACUCACGGUACAUGUCUCACUAGCCAUCUACUCUGGAGACAACCGCGUACGAGCGCUAUGGCCGAAUGCGUGAAGCACACAUGUGCAAUCAAUCAUGAUUUCUUGACAAAUGAGACAAAAAGCAGAUCGCAGGCCACUGUUCAGUAGUGCCAUCAAUCUCUGCAGAGCAAGAAAGCCCGUAAUAAAUAGAAUAGAAUAGAUCGAUGUUGAGAUGCUGAUACGUGGAAUGAUUCCGUACAUACGAAAUAAACUCUAGGGGCAGCAAGUGUGUUUUUCGUGCUUUAUAUACAAUUAUGAUGAUUGGUC